UCAUCUGAUUGCUUCUUCUCUGCGCUCUGGCAGUCUCAGCUCUUACAAUUUGCAAUCUUUAUUUUUUGUGAUUUUGUGACACGAAGAAUAAUAUUCAUCAUCGUUUUCAUUAAAUGAUUCCGUGAAGCAAAAAGAAGUUCUCUAAAUAAUAAUCCAAUUAUUGUGUAUCGAGGUUGUCAGAAAGCUGCUUGCAAAUUGUGUGGAUUUCCAUUCUCCCGGUGAUCGAUUCUGAUUACUAGUUUCGUCGUCGUGAAUUCCAUUUCCCUGAGUUGCUGGCCGAUAACAACAAACACGAAUGACGUGGAAGAGGAUCCAGAAGGAAAACAACUAGCCACUAAAUUCCUGCUUUAGGGCAGGUUUUAGCAUAAGUUAAAUAGCAAUUACUGUACGAUACAUACUAGUAAAGUACUAUUUAAGGCAUAAUCCAAAAUGUUCGAGAUAAGCGAUACGCAGAAAAUUGGCGUCGGACUGGCCGGAUUUGGAAUUGCAUUUCUUUUCCUGGGAGUGCUACUGUUGUUUGACAAAGGUUUACUAGCCAUAGGAAACAUUCUCUUCAUUUGCGGUCUUGCCUGCGUGAUAGGUCUGGAGCGGACGUUCCGGUUCUUUUUCCAAAAGCACAAGGUUAAGGCCUCCAUUGCGUUCUUCGGUGGAAUCGUGAUCGUUCUGCUCGGGUAUCCGUUGAUAGGCAUGCUCAUCGAAACGUACGGUUUCAUAUUGCUGUUUAGUGGAUUCUUCCCGGUCGCCAUCAAUUUCCUGCGGAGGGUACCCGUGUUAGGAAAUUUCUUAAAUAUGCCCGGUGUCAGCAAGGUUGUGGAUCGACUGGCGGGAGACUCCAAUCGAACUACGGUAUGAUAGCAAUCUGGUCAUGGUGUAGUCUAGUGUCGAUAAGAUUACGGGUAGGGUUCUCCCGUAUUUCUUAUUAUGUGGAAGAACUAACAAAUCAAUCGCUGCAACUGAUUUGAUACAGAACACGUCGGGUUACUUCUCAAUAAUACCCGAACUGGAUGUAAAAGCAACCGUUGUUUUAUCGCGAUUUUGUAAUUAUGCUCCCACCUUCAAAUUUGUUACACCACAUUUAUUUUUGAUUCAGUAGAUUUAAAAACAGUAUCGAAUCGUUUUUUGUUUUGAGAUUAGUUUCUAAGAUCAUUAGGAAAAAAACAAAGCAAAUGCUAUUCAUGAAAAUAAUGCAUUACUAAGUAUCGUGCGUACUACUGUUUGUUGUUUUCAGGCAAUUCAUGUUUGGCAAUUACAUAAAGACAUACAAUUGUACUCAAAAUGUAAA